AUGCUCAAUUCUCCCGCGACGCACCGAACGGCAAUGUGCCACGACUCGGAAGCUUCCUUCCUCACCUUCGGCUUCUAUCUUUACCGGCGAAUCCCUAAACGCAAGCUCGGCGCAGCGUCCGCCCGACCGCGCAAGCAGCGCUUUUUUGCGCACAGCGACGCUGUCGGCUACGGCCUUGCAUUCUCGCCCCUCGUCCACAACCAUCAUCCCGAACUACUUCUCGCAAUUCUCGCAUCGAUUGUCCCCCCAGACGACCUUCAGCAAGCGUUCGCCACGAGUGUCGAGAAGGACACCAGUCGACUCCUCCAGAAGUACCUCGCCCAAGUCGGGUACACCUUGGACCCGGCCCCGUCGCGUGCGUCGACCUCCGGAAUGGGCUCGGGCAGAGGCGGCGACGAUGACGAGGGAGGCGAGGAGGGAGACGAGGAGGGAGACGAGGAGGACAUCGGCGGUGGCGGUCCGUCGCGCGGCGGCAAGACUGGCCCAGGCCGCGACCAGUCUACCGCAGGCGGUUCUACAGGUGCUGCGAGUUCGAGCGGCGGCACCGUCGGAGCCGGGCAGUCGGCACCUCAGGAGACGAUGAACUACAACCUCUCCGGCGCAGCCGCAAGCGUCAGCGUCGUCGAUGAGACGAGCGAGCGGAUUCCGCUUCACUCUCUCCCCAGCGCCCCGCCCGACAAGACGCCUGUCGACCCGCAGUCGCCCUACUCGACACACGGCACACCGCCUUCCUCAUCUCACUCCGCUACACCCGAUGUCUCGCCCGACAGACUCGGGUACUUGGGCGGCAAGCUCGACUUCACCCUCGCACAGGCUCGGAGCCCCUCGUUUCUCGGGGACGACUACCAUCGCGUUGAGCUGUCUUCCAGCUCCGCUGAGCUAGCUCGUGCUUCAGCGCCGUCGACGCCCGUCAAGCUUGACAUCGCGAACCAGUUCGUAUCGUCGGAGGAUUUCGGCGUGUACGCCGCACGGUCGAUGUCCUCGCCAGCGGAGAUUGUCAUCAAGCAAGCUCGGAGCAGGGGGUUCGGCGCUCUCCGCAAGGAGGCGAAUAUCCUAGCUUCUCUCGCUGCCGCUGGCCUCGCCUACAUCGCUCCGCCCUUCGUCGGCCUCUUCAAAGGAUCCUGCGAAAAUCAUCGCCUCGCACUUGUCACGCAACGGUGUGGUGGGAGUCUUCACAACGGGUUUGGAUCGUUGACGGUCGAGCAGCGUAUCGAAAUCUACGACCUUCUCGCCGACCUUCACGACCACGGCUACUGCCACAACGACUUUGCCGCUCGAAACGUCGUCUUCGAUAGCUCGACCUUCCGCCUCAUUGAUUACAAAUGCGCAUCGACCGACCACACCUGUGCCGGUGACGAACUGUGCCCCGAGCUGAUGGACGCACGAUGGCAGCUCGGCUUGCGGCUGCCAGGCGACGACGAGCCGUAG